GCCCCGCCCUUGCGGCGAUAGAAAGAUGGCGGAGUUGGACAUCGGGCAGCACUGCCAGGUGCAGCACUGCCGGCAGCGAGAUUUUCUUCCAUUUGUAUGUGAUGGAUGUUCAGGGAUAUUUUGCCUUGAACACAGAAGCAGGGACUCUCAUGGUUGUCCUGAGGUGAAUAUAAUCAAAGAGAGACCAAAAACAGAUGAACACAAAUCUUACUCAUGUUCAUUCAAGGACUGUCCUGAAGUAGAGCUUGUAGCAGUGAUAUGUCCUUAUUGUGAGAAGAACUUUUGCCUAAGACACCGUCAUCAGUCAGAUCAUGGGUGUGAAAAACUGGAGCUCCCAAAGCCAAGAAUGGCUGCCACACAGAAACUCGUCAAAGACAUUAUCGACUCCAAGACCGGAGCGGCAGGAAGUAAAGGAAGGAAGGGCGCGAAAAGCAGCGGGACAGCCGCAAAGGUGGCUCUGAUGCAGCUAAAGAUGCAUGCUGACGGGGAUAAGUCACUGCCGCAGACAGAAAGAGUUUACUUUAGGGUUUACUUACCAAAGGGGAGCAAAGAGAAGAGCAAAGCCAUGUUCUUCUGCCUCCGAUGGAGCAUCGGAAAGGUUGUGGACUUCGCAGCUUCUCUAGCCAGUCUUAGAAAUGAAAACAACAAGUUGACGGUGAAGCAGAAGCUGAGGCUGUGUCACAUUCCUUCAGGAGAAGCCCUGCCUUUGGAUCACACUUUGGAAGCAUGGAUCACUAAGGAGGACCACCCUUUAUACAAUGGAGGAAAUGUGAUUUUGGAGUAUCUUAAUGAUGAAGAACAGUUUUUAAAAAAUGUUGACUCUUAUUUGGAAUAAUCACUCAAGGAUUACAAGCAGAAAUCAUUCUUUUACUACAGAUACUUUUUUAAAACUCUAAAAGUGGCUUUUUUAUAAUUUAUUUCCAUUAGGUCAUAAUUUACGUCGGUAGUUUCCUACUGAGUUCUGGGUUUUGUGUUUUAAAGUUUAACUGUGCAUUGGUAGUUAUGGCAAAGUAUUAUUUUUAUUAUUGUUUCUGGGUUAUGCUGCAAAAAUAUCAGCUACCAUGUCAUUCCAGUGCCAGCUGUUGACUGGCUGCUAUGGCACGUUCUGUACCACCUUCACCCCAAGGUCCGGCUCACACGACACCCACUUUUUUGUGAUUUUACCAUUCUUGUGACAGAGGAAGAUGCAGAUGGCAGAUGCUUCAGUACUUGUUGCUUUUGUUUUAAGAAAGUCCUAUGAUUACGUCUAAAUGAUUACAGGGCCAGAAAACAUAGCCUACUAUAUACCUAAAUGAUGACAUUUGAAUUGAUAUAUGCACAUGAAUUACAGAAUCUUAGAUAUUCUCUAUUCAGUCUUCCAGGUAUUUGGGUAAGAAACCUCAGUCUAAGAAGGGAAAGUUGUUUUUCUUGGUAUCAUGUAAUUGCACUGGAUAUAUUUCUGGUAAGGAAUUUUCUCCAGUAGGAGUCACCUUUUUGUUGGUAUGACUAUUUUACAAAUGAGAAGGGCAAUAAAUGGACUGACUUUGUUACAGUCUCUUUCAUUGUGCCAAAGCAAAAUAUACACUAAAAAUUAUUGCAUUUUACCUAUAAAUUGAAGUCCUCUUGGAGAAUGCUUUUUGUCUACACAUGAGGAGAAUGAAUGUGUUCUACCUAUAGUGGAUGAAGGACUUCACCAGAGAAGGAAAUAAAGUAUUUUUAAUUGCCCCCCUUUUGUGUGCCAUUUGUUAUGGCUUUAGGUUUAAUUAAAACAAUAAACAGCAUGUUCUUUUGA